AUGGAGGUUCCGCAUGUGCCUCCCGGACCUGCAUCGCUAGAGCUACUGUUGCUACAGGCAGAGCAUAGAUCUUUGUACAUAUGGGAGGGGCAGUGUUUGGCCCAGACAUUUCAUGCUAGACGGGAUCAUAGAGAUCGGCCGGUUGCAGUUGGACUGGUCGUUGAUCUGAUAGAGCGGUGGCAACCGGAGACGCACACAUUUCAUUUACCCAUCGGCGAGGCUACCAUCACGCUUCAUGAUGUGGAGGUUAUUUAUGGGCAAUCAGUUGAUGGAUUACUUGUAGCUUUACUGAAUGUUGCAAGAUAUUAUAUAGGAUUGCAUUACCUGGAGAUGUUGCAGCGGCUCACUAGUUUCCAGCCAGCGGAAGAGGCUGCAUUGAGUGGGGUCAGUCGUUUGUAG